AUGUCUACAUCGGCUGUCUUGGUAGGAAUUCUCGCAGCAACCCUUAUACUUUCCAGAUGGUGGUCGUGGUGGAGAGCACCUCCGUCGUUGGCUAAAGUCCCUGGACCACCAGCUCCGAGUUUAUUCCUUGGCCACGCAUUGGAUCUUGACCGGGCGCCAAUUGGUACUCGACAUAAUAAAUGGGCUCGCGAAUAUGGACCUACAUACCGACUAUCUGGUCCCUUCUGGGAACCUCGACUCAUCGUUGGAGACCCGAAAGGUCUCAAUCAUGUACUUCAUAAUCAGGACUUUGAGCGCAAUGCGAGCGAUAGGGUUGCGCUUGAGCUUUUCUUCGGUCGUGGUCUUUUCUGCGCCGAAGGGGAAGAGCACAAGAAAAUGCGCAAAUGUCUGAAUGUACCAUUCACAAAUCAGUCAAUUCAACAAGUUUCCCAUGUGUCCUUUGACCUGGUGGAACGACUCAAGGAUAAACGGGGACAGAAAUUGGAAGGCGGGAGUCUCGUUUUCGACGUGACCUCUGAAAUCCAUCGACUUACGUUGGACGCCAUCAGUAUGACAAUGUUCAUGUACGACAUUAGUACCUCGAACAGUGAUAUUCCUACCCUACUUCACAAGAUAACAGACUCUCCUGCUGGUAAACUGUCAGAUAUCAUCCCCUCUGCAUUUGCCUCUCGGUUCCCUAUUAUUCUUCGCCUUCCUUCUCCAAUGAAGCGUUGGUGUGACGAUCUUCGUAGCUCCUUGGGAGCUGUUGCGAGGAAUGUAUUGUCGGGCAAGGAGGCCGCUGGAAUGCAUGCGAAACUGCUGAACUCUCUCUCGGAGAGCGAAGUUGCCCCGGAUGUCGCUGUUGCGCAAGUUAUUGGUAUUCUCUUUGCUGGUUCAGAGAUGACGGCUAAUGUUAUUACUGAAUGCUUCUAUGAAAUGGCUCGCAAUCCGAGGAUUCAAACACGGCUGCGCACAGAAUUGAUAGAGUUCGAAGUUGCGCAUGGGCGUAAACCCACUUACGAGGACCUCGCUAACUCAUCACUUCCGUAUCUCGAGGCUGUCACGCAGGAGACUAUGAGGACCAAGGCUGUUCUGACAGAGCUCAGUCGCCCUGCUGCGAAAGAUACCGUCAUACCCCUUCAAAUUCCCUUAAAAGGAAUCAAUGUAUACGAGGUCGAAGUCCAAGCUAGAACGCUGAUAGAUAUCCCUGCCGUGGACUGGAUACGAGCUCAAGGCCAUGUGCUUACAUUUGGCGAUGGGCCAAAGGUUUGCCUGGGACGUUCAUUUGCUCUGGUGGAAUUCAAGACCGUGGUCUCUACGAUUGUGCGUAACUUUACUUUCGCCGAAGUGGAGGGACUAGAUCUCGACUUUUACCACGUUGGGGGAAACACCAUCAAACCGAUGGUUCGAGGUCGAGAACAAGAUGGCGCCCAGCUUCCCCUCAGGGUUAGCGUCGUUUCGGAUUGAAUUUGUAUACCAAGCUGAAUGUUUCGCCGUUAAUACAAAUUGAUCGGCGCAUCCGAUUCAAAAGAAUAGAUACUACUUUGUAAUGCGAACGAAAU